AUGUCCUCCUUUGGCACAUUAUUUAAAGUAACAACUUAUGGUGAAUCGCACUGCAGAAGUGUUGGUUGCAUCGUGGAAGGAUGCCCUCCAGGCAUGAAUCUUACAGAAGAAGAUGUUCAAGUUCAACUUACUCGCCGUCGCCCUGGUCAAUCGAGUUUGACCACACCUCGUAAUGAGAAAGAUCGUGUUCACAUUCAAAGUGGAACUGAGUUUGGCGUUACUCUAGGAACUCCUGUUGGUAUGAUGGUAUUAAACCAGGACCAAAAGCCUCAUGAUUACUCAGAUAUGGACAACUAUCCUCGUCCUUCUCACGCUGACUUUACUUAUUUGGAGAAGUAUGGUGUUAAGGCUUCUUCCGGAGGUGGCCGUUCCAGUGCUCGAGAGACCAUUGGCCGUGUUGCCGCCGGCGCCAUUGCUGAAAAGUAUUUACGUGAAGCUUUCGGCAUCGAAAUUGUUGCUUUCGUAUCGGCCGUUGGUAAAAUUGCCAUUCCCCUUCAUCAAACGAAGACUAGUUCCUCUGCAGCUAACGAUGAGACGGAUGACUAUGAUUCUCCUGUUACUCCGGAGUACUUGAAGUUCUUGGAUGAAAUUACUCGUGAGGAAGUUGACAAAACAACGAUUCGUUGUCCUCACGCCGAGGCUGCCAACAGAAUGUCGGAACGAAUUACUCGUGCUCGUGAUAACCACGAUUCCAUCGGUGGUACAGUUACUUGUGUCAUUCGUAAUGUCCCUACCGGUCUUGGUGAGCCUUGUUUUGACAAGAUUGAAGCCAAGCUUGCUCAUGCCAUGAUGAGUAUUCCUGCAACAAAAUCUUUUGAGAUUGGUUCUGGUCGCGAGGGAUGCAAGGUUCCUGGAUCUGCUCACAAUGAUCCUUUUGUCCGUAACCCAGUUACGGGUAAGCUCGGUACUUCCUCCAACAACAGCGGCGGUACUCAAGGAGGUAUCUCCAAUGGAGAAAACAUCUACUUCACAGUUGGCUUUAAAUCACCCGCCACCAUUGGCAAAGAACAACCCACCACUCGCUACGAUGGAUCCGGUGGUGUUUUGGCUGCUAAGGGUCGUCACGACCCUUGUGUUGUUCCUCGUGCUAUCCCGAUUGUUGAAACAAUGGCCGCUUUGGUUGUCAUGGAUGCUGUAAUGAUUCAACAAAGUCGUAACGCUACUCGCAAUUUAUUGCCGAAUGCCAUGUAA